AUGUUUGGAUUGGUGUGUUCUGGCAGACCUGUGGCCAUUGCCCAGCAGGUGGAAAACUUGAAGUUUGUAUUCAAUGUCGAUAAUAGCGCAAAUAUCUCCCACGUUUCGCUAUUCAUAUUGCCCGAUACUCCCUUCGAUCCCAACUAUACCGCGUUGAUCUAUUUCCAGCUCCCUAACUCGUCAUCAUCAGAUUUCAAGCUCUUGGGCAAGUUAUCAGUGGAUAAACCUUCAGCAAUCUUCAAGAUCAAGAACAGUGCUGCUACGAAGCAGCCAGCUAUACUAAACACUCCAUUCGCCCAGAUAGAUGAUGAUAUGAUGGUGGACGACGACAAUAGUACUAACAACCAAGGGGCAACCAUCCAUUCAUUGGACGAAGAUACUUUGGUGAUUGGCAUUUCCAUCGAGCCUACCCCUCAGGCAGAAGAUCUUCUAGCCCAAGAAAAAGCCCAACAACAACAGCAGCAGUCUCAAGAGAAGACCAUCACUGGCGGGUCGUAUUCUGGGCCAACUGCUGGAGAAUUGGCCUCAAGAGACCUUGAAGGCACCGCGAUGUUAGCCAAUAAAAUUGUUUCGAACGCGUAUAAUUACUUGAGCGGGUUUGUUGAUGAUAAUAAUAAAGUGUCAAUGAAGGUCUUGGACGGAUGGUGGAGUAAAUUCCAAACCAAGUUACAGAAUGAUCCAAAGUUUUUAGAUAAUUAG